UCUCAGCCAUUUGCAGAGGCUCGGUAGAUGGGCUAAUUUUUCCUUUGCUGCUGAUCAAAAAGAAAACCAUGUAUCAAGGCCUCGAUGGCCACUGGGAAAAUAGCAGUGAAGAAGACAAAGAUUCAUUGUCUUCCUCAUUCUAGACUGACUGGGAGAGUAAUGAAGAACAGGGAGAAUGUUUUGUAAAGGAUGACAGCGAGGGUAUAAGGCCUGAGGUAGAGCAUGAAAUCAAAAUGAAGGAGAAUGAAGAAGAAAGGGACACUUACUGUGUAGCGGUAGACAAUACGACUGAGGGGAUUGGAGGGAAGCCAGGAGCGGGCAGAAAAUGCAGUAGUCAGCUUGAGUGUUUGAUCGAUCGCCUUAAGAAUGAGGAGCCUGCAAGUGACGAUCUGGAGAGUGAAAGGGAAAUGGAAUGUUUUGCUAGUGAGGCUUGCAAAAGUGUAAUGACGAGCAAGUUAACUGGAAGAGAGGAACAAGAGAGUGAGAGAGAAGGGUCGGGAUGUUUUGUGAAUCAAGAUGGUCUAAAAUCUAUGAAAAAAGGCAGAAUGGACUAUGGACCUAUAGGAACCUCAGUAAAGCAAAUAAUGGACAGCAGACAGGAGUGGAGAGGGUCCUUUCUGAAUAAAAACAACACUUUCUUUAGCGUUGAUGGAAAGGAAUGGACUGAUGAGUCAUAUACCAAGCAAGGAGAAAUGAAGAUUGGCUGUACAGUUUCUAGACAGAAAUGGGAACACAGUGCUGAGCAGCAUGAAGGUGAAGAGAGGUUGGAUGAAGAUGUGUGUGGCGAUAAGGUGUUUGAGGAUAACCCUGGAAGUGUAGGCAGCCCUGCAGCAAGCAUCUUAACAUCUGGUUAUGGGACGUGCAGGCUAGACUCUCUUAAAGAUGACCUGGAUUGUCUCGACUGCAGAGGUGACUGCACUCUGACUCUGCACUCUGACUCUGAAAGACCUAAUGACAUUUACUGGGAAGAUGACAGUGGCCUGUCUUGGUAUCAAGGCAGCCUUGCUUUGCAAGCAUCUGGGCAACAGAUUCCUUCAUUGUCAGUCAAGGGAAGUGAUCAGUCUCUUUUUGAUCAUUGUGGUCGCAGUGAAGGUGCAUCUGUACAACACUGUGUUGGCCAACCCCUGGGUGAACUUGAUGAGAGUACACCUGAUGAACAGACUACCAACGUGUAUGGUGAAAAGGACACACAACCUUCUGCUACAAAGAGCAUUGAUUGUCCUACAAGAGAACAGAAAUGCACCACUGAUGUUCGCUACCAAGUUACCAGGGCAGCCAGCCAUAAUGCAGCCAAUAGCAGUGACGUCUUGGAAGCUGGAACAAUACAUUUGGAUUAUCAACACCCCUUUAACAUGCGUCCUGAUAAAGGAAAAACCAUGACAAAAGACCGCAGGUAUAAAGAUGGAUAUCAAAGACAAGAGACAAGGAAGGGAAUGAAAGUAAAGGCACAUAUUUUUACACUUGCGCCUGUAAGUGAGCUGGAAGAGUGUUUGGAUCGGCUGCGAGUGUCUGCUCCUCAAGGGCGGCGUGAUUUGGACUCUGUCAGCGAGGAAAGGGGCAGCUGUGCUGACACACAGAGCUCAGCAACAGAAGAACUGCCCAGUGCCUUUCAGGCCUACAUCAAAAGCAUGACAAGAUCACGCAGUGAGAGUGACAUCCGACCGCGCCCCAAAUCCUUUAUUCGCCCAGUUAUGGAUCACCCACAUACAAGAAACUUGAAAAAAAAUGAUCCUGUAGCAAAGUAUUUCCAGUAUAAGCAGGAUUGGGAGUUGUUCAAGGCUCCUGGAGAGAGGAGCAGGAAGGAGCUGCACUGGGCCAUCAGGGAACAACUGAUGUACCAGCCUCCACCAGUAAGCAAGUCACUUACAUUACAUACCUAUCAAAGAAUUCUACUUUAUCUGCACUGUAUACAUAGUUUUAAUUUUUUUGUACUGUUGAGAAAUCACUUUGUACUUGCAGCCAAAGCCUCAGAGAACAUACAUCCCCAACAAUUAUGUGGUACCCACAGCUAAGAAACGUUCCGCCUUAAGAUGGGAGAUUCGACAUGACUUGGCAAAUGGUAUCAUUCCAACAAAGAUCACCUACCCUUGAUGAGACUUU